AUGCGGCAGAUAUCCCCAGUCAUCAUGGGGCUUCCAUCCACAACGAAUGGCCGUGAUGGCGGCCUCCAGGAAGAUGAAGCCGGAUACGAGCUGCACAACGAUGGCGACGUUACCGGCAUACGACGACCUCUCCCAUCUCCUCCCCCAGCUAGCAUCUUUGCUUUCGUUAGUUUCCCCGAAGAAAUCGACGUUAGUGCUCGUAACCUCCUUUGUACUUAUUUCACCUAUUUGAAGACCAACAUGUACCCAAUCGCCAAGUACUCUGCUUCCGAUCCCACCGACAUUUAUUGGUUCCAUUGGACCCAGCUCGAUCUAGCCUAUCUCCACGCCAUCCUGUACACCACCUCGUUCUUCUUCGAUGAUCUGACAGGGCGGAAGAGCGAAAGAACAAAAUAUCACUCAUAUCGAACUGUCAGCGAACUCAAUAAACAGCUCAGCGAUCCACAGACUGCCUUGACUGACUCCACAACGACGGUGGUCAUGUUCAUGCUCUUUAUCACGGAGUGCUUUGGAGAUAUGGAGAGCGCCCACAUGCAUAUGAUGGGGCUGAAAAAAAUCAUCGAUCUUCGUGGGGGCCUGAAGUCGUACGAAGGAAAGCCUCUUCUCCAGGAAAAGAUCCGCCGGUAA